CGAAGCCGGCGCCGCGGCCGCCUGCCGCCCGGGAUCUGCUCGCUGUGUUUUUUUGCUUUCUCCAUUCUUCCUUAAAAAAAAAAAAAAAAAGCAAAACAAAACCAGCCAGCCAGCCAACCAAGAAUCCGGUUUGUUGAUCGCCUUGGUUUUUUUUUUUUUCACCGUUUGCGGGAUUUGCAAACCGAGUUACAUGCAUGUCCAGUGGGGGUAGGUUUAAUUUUGACGAUGGAGGGUCCUACUGCGGAGGCUGGGAGGACGGCAAGGCGCACGGCCAUGGCGUCUGCACCGGCCCCAAGGGCCAAGGCGAAUACACCGGCUCGUGGAGCCACGGCUUCGAGGUGCUGGGCGUCUACACCUGGCCCAGCGGCAACACGUACCAGGGCACUUGGGCGCAGGGCAAGCGCCACGGCAUCGGCCUGGAGAGCAAGGGGAAGUGGGUGUACAAGGGCGAGUGGACGCACGGAUUUAAGGGGCGCUACGGGGUGCGGGAGUGCACGGGCAACGGGGCCAAGUAUGAAGGCACCUGGAGCAACGGGCUGCAGGACGGCUACGGGACCGAGACCUACUCCGACGGAGGGACCUACCAGGGCCAGUGGGCCGGCGGCAUGCGCCAGGGCUACGGCGUGCGGCAGAGCGUCCCCUACGGCAUGGCGGCCGUCAUCCGCUCGCCCCUGAGGACGUCCAUCAACUCCCUGCGCAGCGAGCACACCAACGGCGCCGCACUGCACCCCGACGCGUCCCCGGCGGCCGGCAGCCCGGCCGUGUCCCGCGGCGGCUUCGUGCUGGUGGCGCACAGCGACUCCGACAGCCUCAAGAGCAAGAAGAAGGGGCUGUUCCGGCGCUCGCUGCUCAGCGGCCUGAAGCUGCGCAAGUCCGAGUCCAAGAGCAGCCUGGCCAGCCAGCGCAGCAAGCAGAGCUCGUUCCGCAGCGAGGCGGGCAUGAGCACCGUCAGCUCCACGGCCAGCGACAUCCACUCCACCAUCAGCCUGGGCGAGGGCGAGGCCGAGCUGGCCGUCAUCGAGGACGACAUCGACGCCACCACCACCGAGACCUACGUGGGCGAGUGGAAGGGCGACAAGCGCUCGGGCUUCGGCGUCAGCCAGCGCUCGGACGGGCUCAAGUACGAGGGCGAGUGGGCCGCCAACAGACGGCACGGCUACGGCUGCAUGACGUUCCCCGAC